AUGGUGGUGACGGCAGCCGGCGCCGCGGAGGGGGCGGUGCGGCGGUGGGUCGAUGCCGCCGGCGGGCGCCUGGUCCUGGACGGCGGGCUGGCCACGGAGCUCGAGGCCAACGGCGUCGACCUCAACGACCCGCUCUGGAGCGCCAAGUGCCUCCUCUCCUCCUCGCACCUCAUCCGCAAGGCAAGCCACCCCCCGAACCCCAAAAACCCCACUCUUGGUGUCCAUAUGGACUAUCUGGAAGCUGGUUUAAACAUUCUAAUCACGGCAUCGUAUCAGCAUCCUAUUCUGGUUGCAGCAUCUAUAGGGAGUUAUGGGGCUUAUCUUGCUGAUGGCUCUGAGUACAGUGGGGAUUAUGGUGAAGCUGGUACAAAAGAGUUCCUGAAAGAUUUUCAUCGGUGGAGGCUUCAGGUUCUUGCUGAAGCAGGCCCUGAUUUGAUUGCUUUUGAAACGAUCCCCAACAAACUGGAAGCUCAGGCAUGUGUUGAACUCCUUGAGGAAUGUAACAUCAAUAUCCCUGCAUGGCUUUCCUUCAACUCAAAAGAUGGAGUGCAUAUUGUGAGUGGUGACUCGUUAAUUGAAUGCGCUACUAUUGCUGACAAGUGUGCAAAGGUUGGUGCGGUCGGGAUAAAUUGCACACCUCCAAGAUUUAUUCAUGGACUGAUACUCUCGAUUAGAAAGGUCACGGACAAGCCUAUUCUGAUAUAUCCCAACAGUGGUGAAAGAUAUGAUGGUGAAAAAAAGGAGUGGGUGGAAUCCACUGGUGUAUCAGAUGGUGAUUUUGUUUCUUAUGUAAAUGAAUGGUGCAAAGAUGGGGCUUCGCCUAUUGGGGGCUGCUGCAGGACAACUCCAAACACUAUCAGGGCCAUACAAAGAACUCUAAACCAAGGCUUCAACGAGCAGCACUUACCUGUAGCAUAG